UUUAUAUUUGUGUCAUUCUCAACACUUUUGGCCACGACUGUACAAUGAGUCCUUAAUUUACAGCAUUUCCCUCACUUAGACAACAAAAUAUUUGCAAAAGUUGCCCAUUUAGCAGGAGGGACGGGUGCAACUUCUUGUCGCAUGAGGUGCUCAAGUUCAGAAUGGCUGUCAGUCAAAACCCAUACAGCGCUUUGAAGGACAGAGCCUGAGGUCUGACAUCAUGUAUAGCAUGUUACUGUUCAGCCACAAUGCUCCAAUUUAGGCGUUUUUCAGUGCCCAAAUCAGCCAUUUUCAACCCGUAUAUGAGUGUAAAGGGCUACAUGUAACAACAAAACAUUAUUUAUAAAAAGCAAUCUAUUAAUAUGGUUUUUGAACACUAUAAUUUGUUUACAAGCAUGAUUGCUGUACUUUUAGUUAAUGGUUUACGCAGCUUGUUGGCCUUUAGCCAAUCUGUGUUUCAAACGAGUUCAAAGCACCUGAAUAAAUCCAACUGGUAUUGUAACGGCUGUCGUCGGAAGAAGGUGAAGACCAAAACGCAGCGUGGUCCUCGCCAAGGACUGUCCACCCGGGAUGUUCGACCUAACGAAGGAAUGGAAUCUGUCGUUUGCCGGCUGCGGGUUCCUGGGGAUCUAUCACAUCGGAGUGGCCAGCUGCCUGUUGGAACAAGCGCCUUACCUCAUCAAAGGUGCCACCAAGAUCUACGGGGCUUCCGCCGGUGCCCUAACCGCCACGGUGCUCGCCAGCCAGGCAUCCAUAGCUAAGUGCUGUGAGGAUGUGAUCGAGACAGCCAAGGAGGCCCGGAAGCGUAACCUGGGUCCCCUCCACCCCUCCUUCAACCUGGUCAAGGUCAUCAGGUCGGGCCUGGAGCGUGACCUGCCCACCGAUGCACACACACUCGCCUCCGGGAGGCUGUGUGUGUCACUCACUCGCGUGUCUGAUGGACAAAACGUCAUUGUGUCCGAGUUCAAGUCCAAGGAGGAGCUCAUCCAGGCACUGGUGUGUAGCUGUUUCAUCCCCAUAUACUGUGGUCUGAUCCCCCCAUCCUUCCAAGGAGUGCGUUACGUGGAUGGGGGAAUCAGUGACAACCUUCCUCAGUCAGAGCUGAAGAACACCAUCAGCAUCUCUCCGUUCUCCGGCGAGAGCGACAUCUGUCCACGGGACACCUCCUUCAACUUCCACGAGCUGCGCUUCACCAACACCUCCAUCCAGAUUAACCUGGACAAUAUGUACCGCCUCAGCAAUGCCCUGUUCCCCCCAGAACCCAAGGUCAUGGCAGAGAUAUGCCAGAGUGGCUACAAGGACGCCCUUCGCUUUCUUGAGGAGAACCAUCUGCUGAAGCUGGAGUGUCCGACUGCCGGCCCCAACCUAUCAGAAGCCAUACACACCUGCUGCUGCAAGCCCACCGCCACGGAAACCACUAAGGACUGGAUGCUCCGCCGGCUCCGCCUCCUGAGGAAGCGGCACUGGUGGCUGGACGAGCAGAUUGUUGACAACCUGCCUACCCAAAUCAAAAAAGUGUUCUGUGAGGCGUGCCAGCAGAAGCCGGGUCUGUAUGCUCAGGUGUCCGAGAUGCUGCCGGUCAGAGUGGCCUCCUACAUGCUCCUGCCCUGCACACUACCUGUGGUAUCAGCCUACUCAGUGGGCAAGAGGUUUGUGGAGUGGAUCCCAGAGGUGCCUGCAGAUAUGCGUUGGCUAGCUGGGGUGGCUGGGGAUGUGGCUGGGAGCGUGUACAGACAGACCUGGAGAGGAGCAACAGCAGACAUAACCAGUGAUGGUUCCCUGAGGAAUUGCAUGAGCCUGCCCCUACCCCUGGACAGUGACGGACACAGGGAGAGAGACUGUCAUCUCUCCGGGUUCGCUCUCUCUGCUCUUGACCUCCAAAGCCAAUACUGGAACAUCCCCACCGCCCCCUCUUCCCACCGCCGCACCAGCCCCCUCAUGCCCAGCCCCUCCCCACGACAGAUCUGCUUCUUUGUUGGCUCGCAGGACGAGACUGACUGACAGUCCCAUCCACCAAUGAGAGGACACUGUGACUUUGUUUUAAAAGAUGAUAGGACAGUCCAGCUCAAGAUCCCUCCCACAGGGCCUGUCUAUAGGCUAUAGGAACUGUGAAGGGUGGUUUGGGAUGGACAAAUGAUGGUCAUGUGAUUGAAUAGCUUUGUGAUCCAGAACUGUUGCUAAAGACACACUAAUCAUGUAUUUUGAUCACUCCACCAAUCAUAUUUUAUACUACAGUACACAUUGUAAAACAAUUUACCAGCUCACCACCAAAGACGUCUGCAAGUGAAUUAUUUUUUGAAAUUAUACAUUUUAUAACUAACUAUGUCUAGAUUUUCCGGAUAACUUGUUGUCACUACAACUAUACCUACCUACCUACCUACCAGAGGAGGCUGGUGGAAGGAGCUAUAGGAGGACCGGCUCAUUGUAAUGGCUGGAAUAGAAUAAAUGGAACGGUAUCAACCA